GCCCUUCUGUCUUGGCGCUAAAUAGGCAGGAUCGUUUCACCACGGAGAUGCCACGUGCUAGAGAGACGCCAUGGAAUACGACGGGCUUUGCAUUUUGAUAGCGGGCUUGGACCUUAUGUCACUCUAGGCGAUAUCUGUCUCUAUGGUUCUCCUUGUGUUUACCUUCUGGCGAUGACGUAUUCAGACUACGGGACAACGAGAGGGCCAGAAAAUGAAAAGUAGCGUUUGCACGCGUUAUUCACGACUUGGUCGAGAGGAAGAGGGAAUGAGCCUGGUGUGGAUGAUGGAGCCACGUGAUUUCAUUUGGCCUGAUAAUUUAUACAUGAAUGAUAAAUCCGGACACACCCUACAAUAUCAGCUCAGAAAUCCAGUCGACUUAUUUCAGCCUGGAAAUACCGUGAAAAUAUGUGCUCCUAUGGUUAGAUAUUCAAAACUGGCUUUCCGAACAUUGGUCAGGAAAUAUAACUGUGAUCUAUGCUACACUCCAAUGAUAAUAGCAGCUGAUUUUGUCAGAUCUGUGAAAGCGAGGCACAGUGAAUUCACAACAAAUCAAGGUGAUCACCCUCUGGUUGUUCAGUUUGCUGCAAAAGAAGCUCAGGUCCUAGCAGACGCUGCCUGUAUCGUCAGUCCUUUUGCAGACGGCAUCGACAUAAACUGUGGCUGUCCACAGAGAUGGGCCAUGGCAGAGGGCUAUGGCGCUUGCUUAAUCAACAGACCAGAAGUGGUACAAGACAUGGUGAAACAAGUAAGAAAUCAAGUGGAAAAUCCUAUGUUUUCGAUAUCUGUAAAAAUAAGGAUCCACAGUGACCUACAGAAAACUGUAGACCUCUGUCAAAAAGCUGAGGCAGCUGGAGUAUCCUGGAUUACAGUCCAUGGGAGAACUGUAGACGAGAGGCACCAGCCACCACACUACGAUGCAAUUAAAACAAUUAAACAAAGUGUGUCUGUACCAGUUGUGGCUAAUGGUGACAUCAAAUCUUUAAAAGAUGUGGAGAACAUUCAUCAGAUAACAGGGACAGAUGGUGUCAUGGUUGCUAGGGGCCUCUUAGCCAAUCCAGCCAUGUUUGCAGGAUAUGAAGAAACGCCUCUAAAGUGCAUUCAGGACUGGGUUAAUAUUGCCCUUGAACAUGGGACUCCUUUUAUGUGCUUUCAUCACCAUUUGAUGUACAUGAUGGAAAGAAUUACUUCCAAGCAAGAAAAGAAAAUUUUUAAUGUUUUAUCAAGCACAUCUGCUGUUGUAGACUAUCUUAGAGAUAACUAUGGACUGCAGUAACAGUUUUAUUUGUAUGAUAAUUGCACUUUUGUUCUAGAAAGUGUUUGUAAGAACAAGUUUUUAUGUAAUAUAUAUGAAAUUAAUGAAAUCUCAAAUUUUUCUACUCUGGAUAUCUUAAAUAUUUGUAUUUAAAAAGUUCAACACAUUCUUAAUUGCAUAGCUGUAACAAGACUCACAUGUCAGAAAUAUCUAAGAUUAGUAUAAAAUCAGUAUAAGGUGUGGGUCACCAACUACUUUUCAUAUGCAGCCCCCAUUCAUUUCAACAGGGCAUGGUUAAGACAGAUUGGUACUUGUUAGCUGAGCAGAAUCUUUUCUUAGACGACUUUCAGACUUUACACAGAUAGAAUCUGUGGGAUUCUCUGGAUCAGAUACUUGAAGUUCAUUUUUUAAAAAAAAUGUUUUAUACCAUUUUAGUUAAAACUGUUUCCUUCUGCUCUGCCACAUUAGGGAAUUCUGUGUCCAGAGCUCCCUGUAAUUUUUAAAAAACUAAUCUUUCACACAUGGAGGUCAGACUUGAGCUGGGACUAAAGGAAAUUUUUAAAAUAAUUACAUUAACAACUGUGGCUUUGCACUGGUAGCAACUUCUACCAAUCAUCUUUUUAAAUCAUGUGACACCUCAUUGGGAACAUGUGUGAUUGAUCAAAAAUUUGAAACUGACAUUUCAUGUUCCUUUGUGAAGCAUGCCUCUUAACAUAAGACUAACAGUGCAGUCCUAAACAGAGUCAUGCCAGUCUAAAUCCACUGAUUUCAAUAAGCUUAGACUGGAAUAAUUCUUUUUAGGAUUGCACUGUAAGUAUUAAGGUCUUUGUACGUAUCUUGGGACGCAGAAGCAUCUCUUAGAAAAAACUAUGUAAAAGACCCCAGCUAGUGCUUUAUUGAAUAAUAAAAAGGUUUUAAAAAAUACAAUAUUUUUAAUAAAAUUGGUUUUAGAAGUUGAAAAUAUAUUUCCAUUGAGUGUUCCAGAAAGCCAUGGCAUUAACUUUUUAACAUAGCCAGAAUGUAUCUAUUCUUUAAGAGAUUUUUAAAAGUCUCUGAACUUAAACAUAACCUUGAUGUUAUUCUUAAUGUUUGUAUCAAAGAAUGCAAAAAAUGAAAAUGUUGACAGGUAUAACUCCAUUAAGUUUAGUGAAACUAUGUUACUAAAGAUGAUUUAAAUUGCUUCCUAAAUGUUCUUAUUAUCAUUAAAUAAAAUGCACUGAACAUUUUAA